AUGCAAUGAUGCAAGCGUGAAUGCUGUCAUCCGGUCUCUCCUUCCUCAUCGCAAACGACAAAUCGUCCAGUAACCAGGCAGUUAUCUACCUGGUGCUGCCACUUCCAGUUCAACAAGGAAGAUGCUAUCCCGACACUCGAUUCCCAAUUCGCCGCACUGCAUCAAGUGCAAAGCGAGUGAUUCGCCAUGAUCAUGAUGCUCAAACUCCUUGCGCUGCUGUCGCUCUUCUCGAUAGCGUCCGCGGCGCCUCUGGCAACAUGCCCAGGAUACCGAGUCACCAACGUCCAAUCCGGGGACUCAUAUCUCGUCGCCGACCUAACUCUUGCCGGCACCAGCUGUAAUCUCUACAGCGAAGACAUCACCAACUUGCGCUUGACCGUGGAAUACCAGACCGACACCCGCCUACACGUCUUAAUCGAAGACCGUGAGCAAAAUGUCUUCCAGAUACAGGACAGCAUCCUACCACGACCUCCCUCACAAAAUUCCAGCUCCCAAACCGCCGCUCUUCGCUUUACCUACGAAGCCAACCCCUUCUCAUUCAAAGUCACACGAGCCAGCACCGGCGACGUCCUUUUCGAUACUUCUCCCUCACCCUUGAUCUUCGAGACGCAAUAUCUCCGCUUGCGCACACGCUUGCCUCCAAACCCGAAUCUGUACGGGCUGGGUGAACACUCAGAUUCUUUUCGUUUGCCGACGAGCGGUUAUAAAAGAACGUUGUGGAAUUCCGAGGCGCCGUACAUACCGCAGAACCAGAAUUUGUACGGGAGUCACCCUGUUUACUUUGAGCACCGCGGUGGCACGGGGACGCAUGGUGUUUUCUUGAGAAGUGCGGCGGGGAUGGACAUUGUGAUUGGGAAGAGUGAUGCAGGGGAGCAAUACCUCGAGUACAACACCAUCGGCGGGGUUGUAGAUCUUUACUUCCUGGCCGGACCGGGGCCAGAAGAAGUAAGCAAGCAGUAUGCGGAAGUCGUCGGGCUACCGGCCAUGAUGCCGUAUUGGUCUCUGGGCUUCCACCAGUGUAAAUACGGCUGGCCGGAUCUGGGACACGUCAAGCAGGUUGUCAAGAAUUAUAGCGAUGCGGGAAUCCCGUUGGAGGCGCUGUGGGAUGAUAUCGAUUAUAUGGACAACAAGCUGGAUUUUAGUACUGAUCCGGUACGAUAUCCCAAAGACCAGCUGAAGGGGUUCGUGGAGGAGCUACACGGCAAAGAUAUGCGGUAUGUGCAGAUUCUGGAUCCGGGGAUCAGGUACAAGAGCGACUAUGGCCCGUUUAAGAGAGGGGCCGAGAAGAAUGUGUUUCUCAAGGCAGCCGACGGGUCUUGGUAUCGUGGUCUGCAGUGGCCUGGGGAGGUGGUCUGGCCGGAUUGGAUUGCGCCACAGACGAAGGAGUGGUGGACGACGGAAAUUUUGACGUUUUAUGAUCCGAACAAUGGGAUUGAUGUCGAUGGGCUGUGGAUUGACAUGAAUGAGGCGAGCAAUAUGUGCGCCGAUACCACUUGUCUGUCCUCUGCUCAGGAGACUCGCUCCCUCCCUCAGUCCCAAACCGUCAUCUCUCCUCGCGCCCCCGGCGACGGACAACACCUCGGCCUCCCCAACCGCGACCUCUUCACCCCUCAGUACCAGAUAGCAAACCACUAUCCCACCCUCUCUUCGCGCACCCUCUUCACCAACAUCACCAACUCGGACGGCUCGACCCAAUACGACACCCACAAUCUCUACGCCCUCACCAUGUCUUCCGUCUCUCGCUCCGCCCUGCUCUCCCGCUCGCCCACUAAACGUCCCUUCCUCCUCACCCGCUCCACCUUUUCAGGGUCUUCCCGCUUUGCAGCCCACUGGUUCGGCGACAAUUUUUCUUCCUGGGUCGACUACCGCGCCUCAAUCCGCCAAUUACUCAGCUUCAGCGCCGUGCACAACUACCCGAUGGUUGGAUCAGACGUGUGUGGCUUCAACGGCCAGGCGCAAGAGAAGAUGUGUGCCCGGUGGGCAAUCUUAGGCGCUUGGCAACCCUUCUACAGGAACCACGCCGACAUCUCCGCUCCCGACCAGGAAUUCUACCGGUGGUCUUCCGUCGCCGCUGCUGCCCGCAAAGCGAUUGCUACCCGAUACCGACUGCUAGAUUACAUCUACACAGGCCUCUACUUCGCCAGCAAGACAGGCGAGUCCCUCGUCAAACCGCUCUGGUUUUUGUAUCCCGAAGAUGCAGCCACCUUCGCCAUCGACACCCAAUUCCUCCUAGGCGACUCACUCCUCGUUUCACCCGUGGUAGAAGACGACGUCCAAUCCGUCUCCUUUUACCUCCCGCAGGGGGUAUGGUACGAUUUCUUCACUCAUUCCCGUAUCUCUGAUCAAACCUCAGCCUCAGCAGGUGCAGGUGGCCAAACCAUUACCGUCACCGGAGUAGACUGGGAUCAAAUCCCCGUUUACAUCCGCGGGGGGUCUAUCCUCCCUCUUCGACUUUCCGACGCUUCCUCGGACUCUGGACAGGAACAAGCGAUGACAACAAAAGAAGUCCACCAGCGUAACUUUGAGAUCAUCAUCGCUCCUGAUCAGAACGGCAAAGCGAAGGGGAGGUUGUACCUGGAUGAUGGCGAGAGUCUGGAUUCGAGUGGGAGGGAGAGUGAGAUUGAGUUUCGCUGGGAUGGGGCGAGAUUGGAGGCGAGGGGGAAGUUUGGGUAUGACACGAAGGGGGUGGUGGUGGUGAGGGUGGUGGUUUUGGAUGAUGGGGUUAAUGGGAAUGGGGAGAGGAAGGUGGAGGGGGAGUGGGGGUUGAUGGGGGGUUUUACGGUGUCUUUUUAG